UGUACUCCGACCGGCCAGCCGUGACUGAGCCUCUGUGUCUCGUGGCCCUUCGCGGCUUUCCCAUUGUGAAUCGCAUGUCUCUUCGAUAGUCCCGUGAUCGCACUGAAUUCCACGGGCAAUCUUUUCUAAACGACGCUAAUCUUAAAAAACCAUGCGACGAUCGUCUGAUAGAAAUGAAAGACCAAACGGAACUCUGUUUCGUCAGUGAUUUAUUCGAUAGUCGAAUUUAAUUGUAAUACUGAUUAGAAACCGCGCGAUUGUGUACUUUUUGUGAGUUUGUGCACUUUUUUGUACAGACGCUGCAACGACUGUGUUCGCAAAAAGAGUGCCAAGGACUUCCAAGUAGGACCCACAACUGCGUCGUAUAAAGAUGAGACAGACGUAGCUGACCGAGGAUGGCUUCCAUUAUGGGGUUACAGCAGCCAGCUGCAUCCCAGGAUACCGUGGAUUACGCCGGAUAUUUGCAGUCGACGCAGUGCCAUCAGAUCCAUGGAAGUCAGCCGAACGGGCAAAUCCCCUCUGCACAGAAAUCACCGUCGAACGAUCACAAUACCAGCUUCACCAGCACCAAAGGGUUACUCAAUGGACCCGGCCAGAACAAUUGUUUCCUCAACAGCGCCGUGCAGGUGUUAUGGCAUCUGGAUAUUUUUCGGCGGAGCUUCAGGGAGCUCUCCGGUCACGCGUGUAUGCGGGAGUCCUGCAUCUUCUGCGCUCUCAAGGACCUGUUCUCGCAGCUGCAGUUUUCGCAAGAGAGCGCGUUGCCGCCAGACACGCUGCGCCGGGCUCUCGCCGAGAGCUUUCUCGAUCAGCAAAGGUUCCAGCUGGGAUUCAUGGACGACGCCGCGGAAUGUUUCGAGAACAUUCUUCUGCGUAUACACCUACACAUCGCCAGCGGCGAGGCGGAAGACAUGUGCAGCGCGAGACACUGCGUGCCGCAUCAGAAGUUUGCCAUGACGCUCGUCGAGCAAAGCGUCUGCGGUGCCUGCGGUGCCACGUCCGAGCCACUGCCUUUUACACAGAUGGUUCACUACGUGUCAGCAUCGGCACUGACCUCGCAAGCCCGGCAAACCCCACCGAGUUCCAGGAACUGUUCUGACCUGUUCGGUCAGCUUCUUCGGAAAGCCGGAGGGAUGGGUGACAUCAGGGACUGUCCGAGCUCUUGCGGUGCGAAAAUCCAAAUCUGCCGGACUCUGAUGAACCGGCCGGAAAUCGUGUCGGUCGGUGUCGUAUGGGACAGCGAACGGCCGUCGCUGGAGCAUAUCAUGGACGUUUUCGCGACUGUGGGAACAUCCUUGAGACUGAGCGACGUCUUCCACAGCGUGGUCGACUCCCGAUGGGGCGCAUCCACGGUCCACAACCUUGUGGGAGUGGUCACGUAUUACGGGAAACAUUACUCCACUUUCUUCUUUCACACUAAACUCAAGGUGUGGAUUUACUUCGACGAUGCCACUGUCAAGGAAAUCGGUCCACGUUGGGAACAAGUAGUGGAGAAGUGCAGAAGGGGUAGAUACCAGCCGUUGCUGUUACUCUAUGCAACUCCUGGCGGGACGCCGGUGAAUACGGAGAACGCGCCGAAAACCGUGACGCCGUUCCCGAACGGAAAUGGAUUGAAGACGCCUCCGAAGAACAACAUGCGACGCUCUAUCACGCCCAGCCCAGAGAAACCAUCGAUCAACAACACCGCGAGGCGUGCCAUCACGCCCAACCCUGACAGUCCUCCUCAUCCCUACACCCAACGCAGGAUCUACAGCGAUUAUCAGAAUCUGACUGAUAUACAGAACAACAUCUUCGGAAAUCAGUGCGUGGAUUCGGUUGACGGUGACACGGAAUCGAAGUACAUCAGUCGUCGAGCCGUCGAGAAUGUGAUGCAACAGCAGAAGAAGCAGCAGAUGCAGCUGACGCGAAGUCUGAGCGCAGGCUCGACGCCGCAGGAUGCCAUUAGCAUCCCGGAUCACCUGAACAUCCCGAGGAGACGGGAUUCUGGGAAUUGGUCCGGCGACCGGAACAGCGCUUCCUCGAGCUCCUCGACGACGAUGGACAAUCCGUAUCUGUACAUCGUGAACAAGAUGCAGAGGAACUCGGGAGUCCCAAAGAGUCCCACCAGCAAGUCCGGCGAACUGUCUAGCAGCAGCAGCGGCCACUACGACGCUGGAUACGACUCUUACUCUUUGUCCUCCACUGACAGCCUUCCGCUCCAACAGGGCCUGAAGCACAACCUACAGCUUGCCCAGAUUCCGGAAGGCUACCAAGCGUCAUCGAGCGACGACUGCGAGCGCCUCUGCAAGGAAACCGACGCGCUUUUAGACAAAUCCCGAGCAGCUGAAGAUGCGGGCGAUCUUAGCACCGCGGUGGCUUUGUGCAGCGCAGCCAGCAGCAAAGCCAGAGCCGCAAUGGACGCGCCGUACAAUAAUCCGCAGACGAUCACGAUAGCGAGAAUGAAGCACAAUACCUGCGUGAUGAGGACCAGGAGUCUGCACAGAAGGAUGUUGCAGGAGCAGGCGACGACGAACGGAGAAAAGGAAGAAGGUGCGCCGGAAGGUAGACAUUCGCGGGAGAACAGUAAAUCCAGCCAGCACUCGCGACAGAGUUCCAGGGACAAAGGGAACCAUUCCAGGCAAAAUAGUCGGGAAUUAUUAAUGAACGUUCCAACGGCGAACACUGACAAGCCUACUACAAAGAGUAUCGAGAUCUACGCCACGUUACCGAAGAAAAAGACCCUGCGCAGCAAGGCAACAGCCGUGAACGUGAUCGAAGACGAAGAGUACAUGUUGUACGACCGGCCGGUGCAGAGGACGGGCUUGUUCAGUCGCACGAAGCGCUGCGACGAUGAUAAGAAGGACAAGAAACGGGCUCGCAGCGAGGAGAGAAAUAAGAAUGUCUCCAAAGACUUCUCUAUCGCUCCUUCUCGAGCUUCACCCUCUCCGAAAGGAACCAAAGCGGAGAAGCCUAAGGAAAAUCUGGACGCGGUCGUUAAUAUGCGAAAUUCGCAAGCAAGUAACAAUGCUAACGGUGAACAGAAGGGUAAGAAGCAGCAUAAGAUCCGUAGGAAACUGUUGAUGGGCGGUUUGAUCAAGAGAAAGAAUAGAAGUAUGCCGGAUCUGCGCGAGGGACAAGACGGGCAGGCGAACGCCAGCGUGGAGGGACCCUCCAACACCUUGCCAAAGCAGUCCGUGGACGAUUCCAGCGUCGGUUUGAAGGGCAACGAGGUGUCCCAGUCUCUGAGUGGUUACCUCUCAGAGGGACACCUGGAGUUCACCGGUAACGGGAACGGCGGCCCGGGCAGCACCGGCAAUCCGAAUCUGGAGAGAAGUCGCCUGAUGAGGAAGAGCUUCCACGGCAGCGCCGGUAAAGUGUUACACGUGGCGAAGGUACCGCCGCCUCCUCCGCUCAGAACCACUUCUCAGCUUAGCAAGUCUAAGUGUUCGGGCGAAGUGCAUAACGAGCAGCAGUCGGAGAAAUCGGUGUACCCAUCAGCGGAGGAUCAGUGUGCGACGAACCAGCCUCAGGAGCAGAACGGUGCCUACUGGAAUCAUGUGAACGCGCAAAAUUCAUCCGCUGGAGCUAACAGAACGCCAAACUACACGGAUUAUUCAUCCGAGUCUCAUUCCCUUCCAUUCUUGCCCUCGUACGGCAUGGAACAAAACUCCGGGAACGUGCCAGCGUCGAAUUACAAUAGCAAACCUAGAAUCCAGGACGACGUGGUGCAAUACGCUAAUGGGAUUCUGUAUGAGCCUACUUUCGUAGUGACUCGAGCGGAUGUGCAUAACGAACAGAGCCCCGUGAAACAACAGAAUCAGGUCGACUCACUGCCUCCAUAUCCCGAAAAUGGGAACGUCUUUCACUCGAGGCAACCCAGCGAAGAUUUUCCACCCCCGCCGUAUCCCUCGAUUCACUCUGUGUCCCAUUCGAGACAGGCGAGCGAAGAUUUUCCACCACCGCCUCCUCCGAUCGACGAGGGUUCCAAUUACGUUCAAGAGAGUCAACAGCAGUACCAAUAUCAAUAUCAACAGCAACAUUAUCAGCAGCAAUAUCAACAAUACCAGCAGCAACAGCAGCAGCAACAAGCUAUAUCCACGCAGCAGCGACAACAACACUUAGAGAAUCAGCAUAUCAGCAGUUUAUUGUCGCAGUUACAAAUGAAGAGAGAUCAGAUUCUAGCUUCUGACGGUACUAGAGAGGAUAAGAGGCCUGAGGAGCAGGAGGGAGAGGAUAAAUCAUCCGGAGAAACAUGGUUACGCGAGCUGCAAGCCAAGCAAGCGGAGAGGAGGAUGAAGAAGCAGGGCCCUCUCGAUCAGGAUAUACCGAAAUUGAGAUCAGGACCAGCGAUCUCGGGGCCGACGAUUGCUCGAAGAACGAGCGAUUUGAUGAUGAAUAGUCUCGGACAGAACUAUGACCCGACCAGUCGCGAUGUACCUGACUGUCCCAGAGUCGUCUCCUCGGUGAAAGAUAUGGCAGCGAGAUUCGAGCAAAUCAAAUUGCAACCUGUCGCGAAAACGGAACCUGACCAGAAAAUAGCGAAUAAGCAAAAUUGUGUUUCACCCUCUCCGUUAUCAGACGCUUCUCAAGAUGUUCAAGAUGAAUCGAGGCCGAUAAAACUCUCUACAGAGAAUCUCGCGAACUUCGCUAAGACCGAUGGUUCCUCGAGUCAGUCGAUCAUGAACUCGAGUUUCGAAUCCAGUUCCAGUCAAAACAGUUUCAUUUUAAGCACGGCUCCGAGCAAUCCCAUGCAAAUGCAGCAGAGCGGAUUGAAUCAAGCGAUCAUGUCGAUGUCCUUAACGUUGCCGCACGAGAAUGGUUUGCCCGUCGACUAUCCCGAAGACGACAUCAGCGAAGUUGCCAUGCAGAACACUAUUCAGAACACGACGAUCCUGCCAAGCGAAGAAGACAUCGCACCGAGAAAAGUGAAGCGACGGAUUGGAAAAAAGAAGAGCGUGUCGUUCUGCGAUCAAGUCGUCCUCGUGGCCACUGCGGAGGAUGACGAAAAGGAUUCGUACAUACCUAAUCCGAUUCUAGAGAGAGUUCUGCGUUCGGCGAUGAACAAACCGGAGACCGCGCAAGUCCUUCGAGAAAUUAGAAGCCUUCAGGAGGCAGAAAUGAACCGAGAGAACUGUACCACUACUAAAUUCCAGCAACAGACUCUUCCACUGAAAAGCGAAGCCGACAGUGUCCCCGCGACUCCGUUCCAAGAUCAGCUGAGGAGCGUGAACCCCACACCCAUACCCGACACUAUUAAACCCACGUUCGGAAGACAAAAUUCGAACGAGUCUGUAGGAUCUUUGUCAGACAAGAAAUUAUGCGGUUCGUAUGGGAACGAGGGACAGGACGUCGUCCGGGAGAAUUACCCAGGACUCCCAAAUGUCUCCAAACCGCCAACAUCGUAUUCGCCUCAGCUCCAGCAACAGAUAAGAUAUUCCCAAAAUGGAUACAUGCCAUAUUUGCAGUCUCAGUCGACUUAUCCUCAGGCGCAAACGUCUCACCCGAGGAAUCAGGGCAUUCCUCUGUCUCAAACUCAGAAGCCAGCCAGUCCUUAUCCCACUCAGAUGCACGGGCAAUAUGUUCAAAACAACGUGCAGCAGCAAAAAACUAUGUGCCAAAAGAACAGCUACCAAACUUAUUAUCAACUGGAGCAGCAGCACAAUCAGAUGAACAAGCAGAUGUCCCAGCAGCAGCAACAGCAGCAACAGCAGCAGCAGCAGCAGGCGAACAUGAAUCAAAGGAUCACGAAUCAUAACGCGAGUCCGAUAACAGUUCAACACUCGCAGCAACAAUUCUCGUAUCCGCCAACACAAUCGCCGAGUCCGUAUCAAAAUCAGUACAGCCACAGUUCCUAUCAGGGUUAUCCCUAUCAAUCCGUUCCUCAGCAGAACAGAAUGAACCAGCCGCUUCCACAGUAUCAGCCGCCGCCCAAUCCUCCGACCUCCUACCAGCAACAGCAGAACAUACAGGCUUAUCCGCAGAGACACGACACCUAUCAAAGGCAACCGCAAAAGGCUGAUCAACAAAACAUUUUAGCUCCCAAUCAAACGUAUCCGAACGCGUUGCAAAAUGGUCAGAUUCAGUCGAACAUGAAGUACCCCACGUACCAACAUCCACCGGUGUCGAAACAGAGCAAGCAGAUGCAUUUCGUGUCCGCGCCGAAGAACAACGGCCAGGUGGUUCAGAAUACAUCGACCUUACAGAAACCUGCGGUCGGAGGUACAAGGAUCGCGCCUUGUCACCUCUGCCGGAAGAAACAGGUCACCGAGCCGGCUAUUUACUGUUCAGAUUGUGAUUUCUACAUGUCCCGUUUCCGGCCGAAAAACUGAACUCAUACUACCGAGCUCAUUUUUCUCGUUACUUUUUGUCUUUCGAAAGUUUUAUUAACAUUUCAACUAAUUUAGCAUUAGGAAUAUUUGUUAACUUUCAGUGAAGAGAGAUGUAUCCGCUUUUGUACAAAGUUAGUUGUAGGUUUUUAUCAUUAAUCACUGGAGACCUUCGUCGUGCAGCUAUUAACUGUGUAAUACGUAUAAUCGUAGCAUUGUUAAUCGUAUACACUUAGAAACAUUUUGUAAUUUAUAGAGAUAGUGAAUGGCGUAGAAAUAACAUAGAUUCUUAUAUCGAUCGCGUUUUUAUAUACAACGUUUCGUGCUUCGUAUGUCGCAGUAAUGUAGAGAAUAAGUUCUUUUUAAUAUUGCAUCGUUCUCACAAUCUUCCGUUGUACAUAGGUAUCGUUUAAGUCUUUCUUUUUUUGUAUAAAACCGUAUUAACUUCUUAGGGAAUGCGUUUCAUUCGGGAGAAAAUGUUUAAGAUUUGUGAUACUAGCCAUGCUACAUAGAACCUUAUCGUUAAACGUAGGAACCGUAUCGAAUACGAUCGCGUAGAAUCGCACAAAGGAAGAAGCAUGGAGAGAACAUGAUCUCUGAGACGUGAAAGCGUGAAGUUUUUAUAUUUUAUGUUGAUAGUUGUUAUAUACAUAUAUAUAUAACUAUUGUGUAUGUACUUAACGAUUACGUUGUCUAUGUGCUAGAUCGAUGUACAAAUCACCCCCUACCGCCCCGGAUUUUAUACGUUUUUCUAAUGAGUAUUUUGUUUUAAAAAUACUUGAUUUCCUUCUCCCUUACGACAAUGGAAAUAAAGAGUCGUAUUUGGAA